AGACCAGUCCUGUUGCCUACUUCUUUGGACCAAGUAUGUAAAUCUGAAUCAUUUGAAUAACAUUUUUGGCAACAUUUACCUACAACCACAUUGAUGACAUCACCAGCCCUCCGUUGUUUAGACAAGCACAGCUUCCCAGGCAAAUCAGCUGUGGAUGCAAACCAUACACAAAUAGGAGUCAUGUAUCACAGAUGAAAAAAAAAAAUACAAAGGACAAAUGUCAUAACUAUUGUAGCACAUUUAAGAACAAAUAUAGUAAAUUAGUAUUACCUAGCUCUAACCUGUUUUAAUUUUUAUUUCAUUUUAUGCAGAAUAUCGCCGUCUACUGGCCAUAAAUAAACUUUAUUUGGCAUAUUCGUCAUGACAGAUAUAAACGCAGCAUUGACGCUGUGUGGUAGCGAACUUUAGCUUUAGUUACACGAAUAGUAAACAGUAGCGCAAUAUACAAUAACGAAACAUAUCUAUUUUAUUCAUGUUCCACAACGGUAGGGUAGCGGAGUGACACGUUUUAUAAUAGGAUUUUAUCAAGAAAUGCGGUCGGGUGUUCGGUUUAAGCUCGGCCAACAACAAGUUUGUUGGCGGAGCUGAAACCGAACAAACCGACCGUAAUUCUUGAUGAAAUCCUAUUAUAAAAUGUGUUACUCCGCAAGUAGGUGAUUUAAAUUUAUAUUACGUCGUAUAAUAGGCACAAUUGUCAUUAAUCAAAGAGAGUGACAUGUGCACACGUUUUGUAGUACCACAACUGUCCAGCAGGUGUAGUAGUUAACCUCUGCACCGUGUUACACUGCAGUCGAACUGUGCAGUUAAAAAGACAAGGUCCACUCAGUCCGCACAGCCGUGGAGUUGGUUUUGCGCAUAGGCUGUGUGUCCUCGGCGUCUCCAUCCUCUGACUCAGCAGCAGGAGCGACAGGAGCCGCGGCACUGCUUACCUGGACCUGCGCGCACCGAGCAGAGCUCCCUCAUGUUCCUCUCGCAGCUGCGCUCCGACACUGGGGGACGGCUGCACUAAGGCCCGGCGCGGCGCGGUGCGGUUCGGUGCGGUCCGGUGCGGUCAAUCCAACAAAGGAGAGGGACGCACAGCUGUGGAUCAUACUCUAUCCCCGCUGUUGCAGGAGACAAUCAGCAGCAGCAGAAGCAGCAGCAGCAGCAGGAGGAAGCUCAGACCUCCUCUACAUCUUCCUCCCAACGUGAAGGAUUGAAGGGAGAGAAGGAGAGGAGAAAAGAUAAGAAGAGAACCACGGGCUCCUUUUUUCCAUUGAAGUUGACUUGUUAAAGAAAUAGAAGAAGGGAAUAAGAGGAGAGAGUGCGAGGAGAUAAGAAGAAAAGCAUAAGCCUGGAUAUUGAACGGAGCGGGGCAUGUGGAUAUUGGCUCUAAUCUUUUCUCAGUGCAUCUUGAAUGUUUUCUGUGAAGAUCUACGUUCCAGCUUAUAUUUUGUCAAUGCAUCUGUGCAAGAGGUAGUGUUCGCCAGCACCACAGGGACAUCAGUGCCCUGUCCCGCCGCAGGCCUGCCCCCUGUCUCACUGCGCUGGUACCUGGCCACAGGCGAGGAGAUCUACGACGUGCCAGGGAUCCGCCAUGUGCACCCCAAUGGCACCCUUCAGAUCUUCCACAUCCCCCCUUCCAGCUUUAGCAAACUCAUCCAUGACAACACCUACUAUUGCACAGCGGAGAACCCCUCAGGGAGAAUUAGGAGCCAAGAUGUCCACAUUAAGGCGGUCCUACGAGAGCCCUACACUGUUCGGGUGGAGGACCAGAAAGCCAUGAGAGGCAAUGUGGCGGUCUUCAAGUGCAUUAUCCCCGCCUCAGUGGAGGCCUACAUCACUGUUGUGUCCUGGGAGAAGGACACGAUGUCAAUCAACGCUGAAAUGUCUCGGUUUCUCAUCACAUCCACCGGAGCCCUGUAUAUUUUGGACGUACAAAUGGAGGACGGGCUUUACAACUACAGGUGUAUGACACGGCAUCGCUACACGGGAGAAACCCGGCAGAGCAACAGCGCCCGCCUCAUUGUCUCUGACCCCACCAAUUCAGCACCGCACAUCCUUGACAGUUUUGAGCGUCGCGAGGUGAUGAUGUCACAUCGAGUGGAGUUACCCUGCAAGGCCUCUGGUCAUCCCGCACCCAAAUACCGAUGGCUGAAAGACAACAGGCCGCUGGAGCCCGACACGCGCUUCAGACAGAGCGUGACGGGCCUGCUGAUAGAAAGAGCGCAGCCCAGUGACACAGGGACAUUCGUGUGUGAGGUGUGGAAUGGCUAUGGCAAUGCUGAAGUGACUGGAAGGCUGCUGGUAAAAGAGCACCUGAAGGUUGUGGUGAGUCCCAGGAAGGUCAAAGGGAGCGUGGGAAGCCAGGUGUCGCUGUCCUGCAGCGUGACUGGUUCAGAGGAGUACCAGUUGUCCUGGUACCGAAAUGGAGAGCUUAUAUACCCCAGUAACAGCGUACGUAUGACGGGCCAGAACAGGGAGAACCUGGUCAUGGCUGGCAUGGCCAAGAGUGAUGGUGGAGCCUAUCAGUGUUUCGCCAGAUAUGGCAAGAUGUCAGCUCAGGACUAUGUCCAAGUCAUACUGGAAGAUGGCACCCCCAAGAUUUUGGCUUCAUUCAGUGAGAAGGUCUACAACAUCAACGAGUUCGUCUCGCUCUCAUGCACGGUGAAGGGCACGCCAGAGCCUCGAGUGACCUGGACCCUGGACGAUGAGCCAGUGAUCCGGGACAGCCGCCAUCGCAUCUCCUACUACACCAACAGUGAAGGCCACGUGGUCAGCCAUCUCAACAUCAGCCAGACCCAGGUGCCUGAUGGAGGGGUGUACCGCUGCAACUGCAACAACUCCGCCGGGACCGUUUCCUACCAGGCGCGAAUAAACGUAAGAGGACCUGCCAGCAUCAGACCAAUGAAAAACCUCACUGCCAUCGCUGGGCGGGACAUGUACAUCCACUGUCGUGUCAUUGGUUACCCGUACUAUUCCAUCAAGUGGUACAAAGACUCCAAUUUGUUGCCUUACAACCACAGACAAAGAGCCUUCGAAAACAAUGGCACGUUGAAGCUGUUUGACGUCCAGAAGGAUGUGGACGAAGGAGAAUACACCUGCAAUGUGCUGGUGCAGCCUCAGCUCUCCACACACCAGAGCGUCUAUGUUACUGUGAAAGUUCCACCCACCAUCCAUCCUUUUGAGUUCCCUCGCUUUUCCAUUGGCCAGCGGGUCUUCAUCCCCUGUGUGGUCAUGUCCGGUGACCAACCCGUCUUCAUCACCUGGCAAAAGGACGGCCAGUCCAUCCCAGCCAACCUGGGUGUCACCAUAGACAACAUCGACUUCACCAGCUCCCUGCGCAUAUCCAAUCUCACGCUGAGGCACAACGGAAACUACACCUGCAUCGCACGGAACCAGGCUGCCGCUGUGGAACACCAGAGCCAGCUCAUCGUCCGAGUUCCUCCCAAAUUUGUGGUACAACCUAAGGAUCAGGACGGCAUCUAUGGGAAGGCAGUGAUAUUGAACUGCUCAGCAGAAGGCUACCCUGUACCAACUAUACAAUGGGAGUACUCCAAAGGUGCUGGCGUCCCUCAGUUCAAACCAAUCGCCCUCAACUCAGGAUCAACUCGGAUUGAGGUGCUGGUCAACGGCUCGCUGCUCAUUAAGCACGUGCUGGAAGAAGACAGUGGCUUCUACCUAUGCCGAGUCAGCAACGAUGUUGGAGCCGAUGUCAGCAAGUCCAUGUAUCUCAACGUCAAAAUUCCGGCCAUGAUCACGUCCUACCCCAACACCACACUGGCCACACAGGGCGAAGAGAAGAAGAUGAGCUGCACGGCCCACGGUGAGAGGCCCAUCAUGGUGCGAUGGGAGAAGGAGGAACGCAUCAUCAACCCCGAGACCAGCCGCUACGUGGUGUCUGUCAAGGAGGUGGGCGAUGAAGUCAUCUCCACACUGCAGAUCAUGCCAACGGUGAGGGAGGACUCUGGCUUCUUCUCUUGUCAUGCCAUCAACUCCUUUGGUGAAGACAGAGGAAUCAUACAGCUGACUGUUCAAGAGCCCCCAGAUCCUCCCGUGGUGGAGAUCAGAGAGGUGAAGGACCGGACCAUAGCACUGCGCUGGACCAUGGGUUUCGACGGCAACAGUCCAAUCACAGGCUUUGAUAUUGAGAGCAAGAAUAAAUCAGCCUCCUGGGACACCGCUCAGAAGACCAAAGAUGUCUCACCUCAGCUCAACCAGGCCACCAUCAUCGACCUGCACCCCUCCUCCACCUACAGCAUCCGCAUGUUUGCCAAGAACCUGAUCGGGAAGAGUGAGGCCAGCAACGAGCUCACCAUCACAACUGAAGAAGCAGCGCCUGAUGGACCCCCGCAGGAAGUGCAGCUGGAAGCCCUCUCCUCUCAGAGCAUCAGAGUCACUUGGAGGCCGCCCAAGAAACACCUUCAGAACGGGGCCAUCAAAGGGUACCAGGUGGGCUACCGAGAGUACAGCUCAGGUGGAAACUACCAGUUCAGUGUGAUCAGCGUGGAAACCACAGGAGACAACGCUGAGAGUCUGGUCCUGGACAACCUGAAGAAGUUCACCCAGUACGGUGUGGUGGUGCAGGCCAGCAACAGCGCUGGAACGGGGCCUUCAUCGACAGAGGUGGCUGCGACAACACUGGAAGAUGUACCCAGCCGUCCUCCAGAGAACGUCCAGGCUAUAGCCACAUUUCCAGAGGUCAUCUCCCUGUCGUGGCUGACUCCUCCCAAAGAUGCUCUGAACGGAAACUUGCUAGGAUUUAGAGUCAUCUACUGGGCCAACCUGCCUGAUGGAGAACUUGGAGAAAUCAGGAAUGUGACGACCUCAAAGCCUUCUCUGGAGCUGGACGGACUGGAGAAAUACACCAACUACAGCAUCCAGGUGCUGGCCUUCACCCGAGCCGGAGAUGGUGUCCGCAGUGAACAAAUAUACACUCGCACCAAGGAAGAUGUUCCUGGUCCUCCAGCAGGGGUGAAGGCAGCUGCUGCGUCGAACUCAGUGGUCUUUGUGUCCUGGCUCCCACCACAUAAAGUCAAUGGCAUCAUCAGAAAAUACACUGUUUUCUGCUCCAACCCACACCCUACGGUGAGCAGUGAGUUUGAGGCAGCUCCAGACGUCUUCUUCUACCGCAUUCCCAACCUGAGCAGGAACAGGCAGUACAGUAUCUGGGUGGUGGCGGUCACUGCUGCAGGAAGAGGAAACUCCAGUGAAAUCAUCACAGUCAAACCCAUGGCUGAGGCCCCUGCUCGGAUUUUGACAUUCAACAGAACCGUCACGACACCGUGGAUGAAGGACAUUGUGCUGCCCUGUAAGGCCGUAGGAGAUCCGUCGCCCACCAUCAAGUGGCUGAAGGAAAUCAAUGCAACCCCAGCACCGGUUGUGAUUGACAGUCGGCGCAGCGUCCACGGGAACGGCAGCCUCAUCAUCCGCACGGUGAAAGCAGAAGAUUCUGGAAACUACACUUGUGUUGCCAGUAACAGCUUUGGGUCGGACAAGAUUGUCCUCAACCUGCAGGUUCAAGUUCCACCUGACCAGCCCCGCCUCACUGUUACCAAGACAACCACCACCUCUAUCACCCUCUCCUGGAUUCCAGGAGACAACGGAGGCAGCUCCAUCAGAGGUUACAUCCUGCAGUACUCCGAGGACAACAGUGAGCAGUGGGGAAAUCAUGCCAUCAGUCCCAGUGAACGCUCCUACAGACUGGAGAAUCUCAAGUGUGGCACGUGGUACAAGUUUACCCUCACAGCUCAGAACGCAGUUGGACCAGGAAGAAUCAGUGAGAUCAUAGAAGCAAAGACUCAUGGGAAAGAACCGCAGUACUCCAAAGAACAGGAGCUCAUCACCAGCAUCAAUGCCACUCGAGUGAAGAUAAACCUAAGCGGAUGGAACAACGGUGGAUGCCCCAUCACCUCCUUCUCUCUGGAGUUCCGGCCUGUGGACUCGCCCACGUGGACCACAGCCCAGCGCACCUCCCUCACUAAAAGCUACAUCCUGUACGACCUGCAGGAGGCCACCUGGUAUGAGCUGCAGAUGAAGAUCUACAACAGCGCUGGCUACGCUGAGAAGAGAGUCAAGUUUGCAACCCUCAGCUACGAUGGCAGUACAAUCGCGCCAUUAGUGAAGGCGCCCAAUGUCAGUGAGGAAAACUCAGGUGGCGGAGAAGGCUUGAAGAUGAUGGUCACUAUUUCUUGCGUGCUGGUCGGGAUCGUUGUUAUUUUCAUUGGACUGCUGGUGCUGAGGAGGAGGAGGAGGGAGCAGAGGCUGAAGAGGCUGAGAGAUGCAAAAAGCUUGGCCGAGAUGCUCAUGAGUAAAAACACACGUCCUGCGGAGCCAAUUAACAAGCAGCAGCAGACACUCCGCAUGCACAUCGACAUCCCCAGAGCCCAGCUCCUGAUCGAGGAGCGAGACACCAUGGAGACUGUUGAUGACAGGUCCACUGUGUUACUGACUGAUAACGACUUUGGAGAGACCCAAAAACAGAAGUCGUCCACAGUCACCCAUACUGUCCACUAUCAGUCUCUGUCCCAGGCCACUGGUCCGCUGGUAGAUGUGUCUGAUGCCAGACCAGGAACCAGUAAGUCCAAUCCUACAGCGCGACGUUUAGCCAAAGCAGGUCCGGCUGCUCGCAACCGCUACGCCAGCCAGUGGACACUGAACAGGCCGCACCCCCAGGUUUCCUCCCACACCCUCAGCACUGACUGGAGACUGCCGACACCCAGGGUUGCAGGCUCAGUUGACAAGGAGAGUGACAGCUACAGCGUCAGCCCAUCUCAGGACACAGACCGAGCGAGGAGCAGUAUGGUGUCAACAGAAAGCGCCUCGUCCACUUACGAGGAGUUGGCCAGAGCUUAUGAACACGCCAAGAUGGAGGAGCAGCUGCGGCACGCUAAGUUCACGAUCACGGAGUGCUUCAUCUCUGACACUUCCUCGGAGCAGAUGACGGCAGGAACCAACGACUACACUGACAGUCUGACCUCCAGCACACCAUCUGAGUCGGGCAUCUGCCGCUUCACUGCUUCCCCUCCCAAGCCUCAGGACGUCAGCCGAGUCAUGAACAUGGCCGUACCCAAGGCCCACAGACCGGGGGGCGAGUUGGUUCACCUUCCUCCCUACCUGCGCAUGGACUUCCUCUUGAAUCGAGGCAUGACCUGCUCGGGGACAUCCAGGGGGACAGCCAGUGGGGAGAGAGCAGCCAUGGGUCAGACCUGUCUGGAGCCACAGAAGAGUCGCUCGCUGAAGCGGCCGUCUCGCAUGGCCCCUCCGACCCCCACAGAGGCUCCUCAGGCCAGCAGGGACCCAGUGACCCAGUGGCAGCCUGGCACUGCAGCCACGCUCCCCCACAGAGAGGGCUCAGAGCUCAGCCAGGCGGCCAAGCUCAGCACCUCCCAGGAGUCCCUGCUAGACUCGCGAGGACAUCUCAAACAGAGCAGCAACCCCUACGCAAAGUCCUACACGCUGGUAUAACAGCAGGGGCUCCUGGGGCGGACUGGACCUCACUCCAACACUGGACUUAACACUCAAGUGCAGUAGACUGACUUUCACCACGCAGUUCUGUAUAUAAGCCCCCUCCCUCCAAGGGAGGGCCACUUUUACUAAUCUCAUUUUAUUUAUUUUUUAGAACUUUCUUUAUUUCUUGUUUGAUUGUUUUUCUCCUUUUUUUCUUUUUUUUUUGUUUGACUUGAGUAGAACGAAAAAAAUUCACUCGUCAGAAAUGACUCCAUUCAGAGCUUUGCCAAACUAAAUGAGUAACGAGAGCAUUAUUUAUUCUUCAUUCUUGUUAAUUCUUUAUAAUUAAUCAUUGAUUAUUAAUUGUUCUUUGUCAGCUAUUAAUGGUCAUUAAUUAUUGACUACUAAAUGAUCUAUUAUUACCAUUAUUACGAUGUUUUCAUAAAGAGCCGGAUAUUUUUUUUUCUGGAGUGAAAGAUGACGAUUUGGAGUCAUGUUUUUUCCUAUGGAAUAUCCUUCUCAAAUGCUAAAAGAUACUUGGGAGAAAUCUUGGAAUGAAAGCAAUUGACACCAGUCCAAACUUUUCAGCUGCUCUCCAAUUGUUACUUUUUUGAAGAAAAAAAAAAAAACUAUUUCCUAUGGAUGCAUGGGGACUGACCAAUUAAAAGACAAUGAGGAAUAUGAUCACGACUGGACAGGCCCGGUCACGCAUUUUGUCACACUAUAAAAUGAUCCAAUGUGAAGAUUUAUUAUUCUUAAUAAUAUAAAUAUAUAUAUAAAAGAGAAAUCACUUUUAUUUGUGGAUAUUACAGGGAAGAAUUGAUUUGGUUAAUAAAGUCCUUAGUCAUGUUUGCACAUAUUUUGUUUUGAUUAGGAAAUGGAGUCUCUGUUGAUCUUUCUCUGUGUCCCAUUCUAUGAUGGUGCAAUAUGAAAAAAAAGAUAUGAAAAGUAUAUGAAAACUAUUGAUCUAUACUGUACUGUAAUGAUGAAAAAUAACUAUGUUGUGAGUAUACUUACAGGGCCGGACACACUCCAGCUGUGUAUUCAGGUGUAGUUUACCACUGCUUGUUUGCCAGGGUGGUAAAUGAUGUUAGCUAGAACAGGGAGCCUAUAGAGGACGGAUUGCACUUCACCACAUCCCAACUCAAGUGUGUCCAGAUAGAUCCCCCUGCGAUCAGUGCACUAGGUAGAGCCUUCAAGGCUCUCACUAUCCUCAGUAGAUUUACUGUUGCUGCAUUGCAGUGAUGCUCCUGUACAGGGAAGAAAAAUAAUGAAAAAAAAACGUGAGACAAUCCAGCAGAAUCCCCCCUUCAAACCAAACCUACAAAGUCUAUGGGAAAUAUCUGAAAAAAAACCAUGUGGAUAUAAGUAAGAAGUUGUUUAUUUGGUCUGUCUGCCCUGGCCCAUUUCUGUUAUUUCUGUUUCUAUGAGUUAGUCUGAACAGAGACAGGAGAGUUUGAUCCAAAAUGCUGUGACGUCAUUCUGUCGAUUUCUAUGAUUAGUUUCUACGAUUAACUGUCUUCAUGAUGAUUCUACAUUUUUAACAAGAAAAAUAAAUGUCACUUUUUUAUUUUUAACAUGAGUGUUCACCAUGGUGGCACUGGAAUAAAGAGUAACUAACACCAA